AUGUUCGAGGACUUCUCCUUCUCGUCUCCGUCGUCCACCAGGCCCUCGCGCCUGGCGCUCGAUGGCGACGAUCGCCUCAUGGUCGACAGCGACAGUUCCCUCAUCUCUCCCAUGUCGUCGCGUUGUCCCUCCCCGCGCUCCCAUCGCUUCCCCCGGACCGCGUCUCGCUCUCGCUCCUCAUACUUCCGCUCCGCACAGCAGCCACCCACCUCCGUGCCUUUCUCUGCCUACGAUCACAAGCGGCUCUCUAUCAGCACUUUGACGCGGAAACUUCACGAGCACACCCUUCAAAACCCGAACGGCCUGCAGCCCGAAGAAGCCGGUCGCUUCGAUCGCCCGGCCUCUCCAACUCCAUCGGAUCUGGGCAUUUCGUCUAAGUUCCCCGGCUAUGUCCUCACCCCGCCAGACACAGAUCACGAUGACGAGUCCCUGACUUCGGGUUCCCUCUCUCCGCAAUCCUGCUCGCCGUUCCUGAGCCCUACCUCCGUGCCCGCAGACUUCCCCGCAGCCGACAACAUCGAUCUGAACGGCAACGCCACUACAGCCGCUCCAUCGUCAGACGCCUGGACCGUCCGGGCCCAAAGGCAGCAGAUCUCCCGUCUACAAUGCAACCAGUCUGACGUCGAGGCGAUUCGUCGUGCUCUGGUGUCCGAUGACGAGAUCAUGCGUUCGGCCAUUUGCAGGGACUCCAUCUGUGAAGAGGACUAUCACCCCAGUUCGCUACCGCCGCAGACUUCGCCGCGGAGACGUGCUCUGACUUUGUCGCGGAAUCGGUUCCGUGGCCAGGCUUCUUCCGCCGCGUCAGCGGAAUCAGCUGGUCCGGAGACCCGGGCACGUCGGAAGAGCAGCGUCAGUGCGUUGGCGUCGUCACAUCGCAUCGAGAAGAGCUAUCACUGCUCAUCGCGAGAUAUGCACAAGAAGAACGAGCAAGGUCUGAGGCGAAAGAGCCUUGUGAGUGCGGCGUUGGCGUCUAUGGUGGAGCAGGGGCCGGAGGAGUAA